AUGACGACUAACAACGGGCUCCCGGCAGCUACCCGCGCCGCGGCUGUCGACAUUGACGGUGUUGACGCCUUCGCAAAGCGGCUGUAUCGAAGGUCGCGGGCCGCCGGUCCCGAUUUUUCAGAUGUCGCCAUGGUCGUGCGAGGGCUGCACACAGUCCUCAAGCAUCUGAAGGUCGAGGCCGAGGACGCGGGCUCCCUGCUGAACUCGGAUCGCUGCUCGGUCUACGCCAGACAGCUAACGCCCAUCGUCGAGGACUGCGAGUUCACGCUUAAACAGCUUGAUACCAUUCUGGAGAAGUACGGCGGGAGUGCUAGCGGUAGUGACGAGGAAGGACGCAACGGCGCCGCGGACUAUCAGCGGCCACUAGAGAGCCGCGAGAGGGACAUGAUCGCUCUGAUUCGCACAAAGCUCGCCAACCAGAAACUCAACAUCGACAUGUUUCUCGACACAGUCCAGUUGCACAACCCGUCCAAGUCACACCGCGUUGUCGACACCAACCAUGUCGACCUGGAGUCCAUUAAGGACAAGGUUGACGCCAUCGCGGCCAGGAUAACCCAGCGAGAAGACUCGGGCAUGACUGAGGGUGAAGACGAGCUCUGGUUACAGUUCAGGGACGAACUAGAAAAGGAAGGUUUCUCUAGGGAUGUUCUGAGGAAGAACCAGGACGUACUUCGCGCCUACAUUCGUCAGCUUGAUGAGCAAAGCAUGUUGUCCGGAGGCAAGACUCCUACCGUCCGAGGCUUUCUAGAGAACUACCAGCCCAGUGGUGAUGCACUUCAUGUCAUCCCGUAUCCGGUCGAUCCCGCGCAAGAGGACGACGACGUCAGCCCCAAAGAGAUGUAUCAUCCGUCCAUUGAAAACGAGAAGUUCUUUCCCGCCAUGAAGAUGGAGCGUCUGCACCCCGAUCAGCAUCCUGCGUAUCCGUCAAGCCUUCAAACGCAGAGCACCGACAUGUCUUACGAACCUCAUUCGUCCGAAGAUGGCGAUGGUGGCGUGUCAGACAACUCAAUGGCACUUGUCAUCUCAACACGCGAGCUCAUGGCUCUCGAUAAGAAAGAGGCCGACCUCGCGAUAGCCAUGGGUAACAUGCACAUGCAGGCUCACAGCCUUCCGUACGGGUCCAAUUAUCUCAACGACUCGAACUUCUCUUCAUCCCCACAAGCUCGUUAUCUGCCACCCCCGUCAAAUGCUGGGCUACUUACCUCUCCCAACCUUCCACCUGUCGAUGAAUAUGGUCUCUCCCCGCGUCUGAUUCCUUCCAUACCUCCUCCUCCGUAUGGCAGUUCACCACCACCCACAUUGCACUCCAACUCUAUAUCGGCCCCGGUAAUUCCGGGUACAGCCCCUGUGGGGCUUCAGAGCCAAGCGCAGAGGUGCGCGCGCCUUGCACCUGAUUCGCAGGGCAGGGAGAUUCCACUCGAGGCCAAAUGGACACGCAUCAAACGGUCUCUGAUUUCGACCGAGGUGCUCAACCAGGCUGGUGUAAGAUAUGAAGCACGACCCGACUUCGUAGCUGUGCUUGGUGUCUUCACAAAAGACCAAAUCGCAGAAUUUGCCCGUCAAAGUCUCGAGGUGCGCAGGAGACGUGGCCAGCUGCGGAGAAAAGAGCCACGAAACGAGAAAGACCGAUAUCAUCCGGAUAAGUAUAAAAACUGGGAUGUUGAGUCUCACAGCAAAAGAGAUGCCAACGGCAAUAGUCGGUAUCGCGCCAACAGCGAAUUUUCUUCGUCCUCGGCAGAUCUUGUUGAUUCUUCUGAUGAGGAGUCCGAGGAUGAAUUACCGUCGUACCAGCCGCGUAAGACUCAUUAUUAUCAUUCGGAUGAUAAGGAAUCUACCGAAGACGAGAAAGGCACAAAGAUCUACCCAUUCAUCGUGCCCCCACCAGAGAAGGAGAAGGAGAAUGGUGCUAGUCCUUCGGCUACGGUAAAACCCAAACCUAUCUUGAAGAAUAAGAACGACGAUCCCCACGUCCGGUUUGAUCCAGAGCCGAAGGUCCUCGACACUGGUUCGCCUCGUUCCGUACCGCGACAUGCAGAGCGGUCUAGGGAUGAUAGGAGGCAUCGUGACCGCUCAGAUCGCGACCAUCGUGCUACCCGAAACUACGAUGACCGGGACUAUAGGGAUCGCGACCGGGAUCGUGAUCGUGAUCGAGAUGAUGCCCAUCGUCGCCAUCAUCACCAUCACGAUAGCAGUCGACGAAGAGAUCGGGACCGUGAAGAAUACUCCCGGAGAAGGCCACGGGGAGACUCUUACCGUGACCGGGAUCGUUACAGAGACGACAGCGACCGCAGCGACGAUCGCACUACCAAGAAGAAGGUUCGCGGCGAGACACUUCGUGCUGUCGGCAUCGGGGGCGCUGCGGCUAGUCUCCUCAGCGUCCUUACCGAAGCCGCUGCCGGAUUGUAA